AUGGCUGGAAUCUGGCCAGAUUGCACCAGGCCAAGCAGCAUGAGAGAUUCUUUCCUUACCCCAUGGAAUGUACUUAGAUGUUAUCUUGAGAGCAUAUUACAGGUUGCUGUGAUGCAUGAAUUGAUUGGCAAUGGUGCCGAAGCAGAAGUUUUAUUACGGAUAGGAAAGGAGAUAUCAUCUUUCCAAGGACUACCAAUUUUUGCUGUUGUCUUUACAUCAGUGUUAGGUCAAAUAUACCACAAGAGACAGCUAUGGGAUGCCGCUGAGGGUGAGCUUAAACAUGCUAAGGACCUCCUUGCAGAAAAUGAUGAAUUCAUUUCAUGCAAGACAUGCAAGUUGACUCUGCCGAUAUCAGUUGAUGUGCAAGCUGGAGAUCUGUCUUGGAAUCUCUUUGAGAAAGACUUGCAGAAACAAUCAACAGGCAAUUUGUCUAGUGCUUUAGGCAUGUAUCAAUCUGCCGUGGAGAAAUUGAAUAACUCUGGUUUGGAUUUUUCUGCUGGAUCCUGUGAUAAAGUUAAUACUAGUUGUAUGUUGUACAGCAAAGAUUCUAUUGCAGAAACCAAGCGUGGAGCUUGUAAUAAUGGGAAAGAACCCUUAGCAGCCAAGGAUGGAGUUUUACCUCCAUGUACUCCUUGUUUGUUGUUCAGUCAGGUACCUAUUGACCAGUACGAUGAACUUGUGGGAUUAAAAUCUGAAAGGGAGAAUUUGAAGAGUGCCGAAAGUGCUCCACCAUUGGAUGUUAAAGUUAAGAGGGCAUCUGGAACUUCAUUACGUUUAGCUAAAGAACAGAAUGUGUCAGCUCAUGCAAAGACUAGAACCACCCGAUCUAGUAAGCGAACUGCACAUGUGAAAAGUGAAAAAGACUUGGCUGAACUGAAUAGCAAAAAUGACAUAUCUUAUAGCAAGGAAUUGUCCACAGAUGGUUUGGUCUGUGGGAAGCUAAACUGUUCCCUUGAUGGUGUUGGCCGCAACAGAGAUGACAUAUGCAAUAUGUUUGGAUGUUGGAGCUGCCUUUUUGUUAAUUCACUCAAUUUUGAGUGCAUUGAGAAUAUACUGCAGUUCAGAGAAGACUGCAUUCGCCGACGCCAUCUUGUGUCGCUUCUGUUAAAGACAGCAGCAAGAACCUUGGGAGCUCAGGGUGGAAAACAUGGAGCUCAUGAAGUUCAUAGUAUCUACUGGCAGUGCAUAUCAUUGUUGUAUUUCAGAUCUCUUCCUCAAGGGUGUUAUAGAACAUAUGGGCCUCGUUUAGUUGAACUGAUCAUGAAUGAAAAUACUGGUGAUUUUCUUUCUUUAGAGCGUGCAGAAAUACUAUGUAGUAUGAGUUCCUUUUUGCUGAAGGGUUUCCUUUCAGAACAGUCAAGGGAUGGUUGCUGCAGCUUCUGUAGUGUACAAAUGUCUGAUGUUGUUUCAUGGUUGCUGAAAGCUUUUGUGCUAUCUGGAGAGAGUCCUUCACUUCUCCAGGAGGUUUGCAGGCUACUUACAUGCAUAUUCUUACUAUCAACGAUAGAUUCCACGGUCCAAUUACCUUUGUAUUCCAAGGGAUCUCUCUCUUUGAAUCAUUGGGCCGCAUACUUCCACCAAACUUCUGUUGGAACUUAUCUCAAUUGCCAUUACCUUGCGAGCUUACAAGCAUUGCCCAGAAAAACAGAAUCGAAGGGUGUCACUGGAGAUCUCACAGACAAGACAGAUGAAGUUCCAAAGUUUCUAAGGUUUUCAUCGGCAGGCAUGGAACAUCUUGAAAAGCAUGUGAUUGAAUUCUUCCAUGAACUUCCUGAUGUACCAAUUGUGUGCAUUAGUAUGCUUGGAGGUGAUAUUGUGAAUGUUCUUGGGGAAACACUUCUUCUCCCUUCCCCUUUUCCUGCUUGGAUGUUGAUCUCAAGGUUUGAUUCAACAAACAAGCCUACCACGAUGCUUCUACCAGUGGAUCCUAUUUCGAAAGAAGCAGAGAAUGGAGACUCUUCUAUCAAAGAACUGGAUAAUCCAACUAGAACAUCAGAUAAGGAAUGGAAGUGCCCUUGGAGCUACACUAUAAUAGACUAUGUGGCUCCAACUUUCAAAAAGCUACUUGAGGAUAACUUUAGAUCCCUCUCUGGUGCGACCCACAUUCCAGAGGAUGGAAAAGCAAACGCCAUAAGGUGGUGGUCAGAUAGAAUGAAGCUCAAUGAUGACCUUAGUGAGAUGUUGGAAAACAUUGAAGAAUUGUGGCUAGGACCCUGGAAAUGCCUUCUCCUGGGCCACCAAUUAGCUGACCAACAUAGCAAGGCAGUGCUGGAAAAUCUAUUCACUGCUCUGGAGUCAGAAUUUAAACUUGAAGUAGAUCCAGCACUCAUCAAGGUCAUCCUUGGUGGGGUUGCAUCAGUGGAUGAAUUGAAAGAAUGUGUUUCUCAACUUAUAUCAUACAAAAGUUACUUUGGCAGGGGAGGGUGUUGCGGAAGAGAUAGACUUAGAGCCUUCUGUUGCCAGACUGAUGGUGAAGCUCUGGUGACCCUCGAGCAUUUGUGCAAUGGUAUAGUGGAUGAGCUAUCUGAGCCAAUUGAAAGAAAUCCGGUCAUUUUAGUCCUGGAUACUGAUGUGCAGAUGCUUCCUUGGGAGAACUUGCCUGCUUUAAGGAAUCAAGAAAUAUACCGCAUGCCAUCAAUGAGAAGCAUCUUUCUAGCAUUGACUAGAAGCACUAAUCAUCACAAAGAUGCCAGUGCCAUGGCCCCUCCUUUUCCUGUUAUUGACCCUUUCGAUGCAUUCUAUCUGUUGAAUCCUAGUGGUGAUUUGAUCAGCACACAAGAAGAAUUUUAUCAGUUGUUUAGAAACUAUGAGUGGAAGGGAAAUGCUGGGGAUGCUCCAACAGCUGAAGAGCUCGUCUUGGCCCUGAGGAAUCAUGAUCUUUUUCUCUACUUUGGACAUGGAAGUGGAAGUCAAUAUGUCUCUGGAAAGGAAAUUGAGAAGUUAGAUAACUGCGCAGCUGCUCUUCUUAUGGGUUGCAGUAGUGGGACACUUCAUUGCAAAGGCGGUUAUGCUCCUCAAGGGGCACCUUUGUCUUAUUUAUUUGCUGGUUCUCCUUCUGUCAUUGCAAAUCUCUGGGACGUCUCGGAUAAAGAUAUCGAUCGAUUUAGUAAAGCAUUGCUGAAUUCAUGGUUGCAAGAAAAAUUUAAGGCCGCCAAGAAUUGCCCUAAAUGUUGCCGCCCACUAACACAAGAAUUUGAGUCCACAACGAUUGCUGCAAAGGAUAAUGGUAGGCCAAGACGAAAAGGUACACGACAAGGUCAGAAGCAGCAGCAGACAGGAGAGAUAGAUGGCAGUAGUAACUGCUGUAAUUGCAGGCACAGGAGAAUAGCUACGCAUAUAAGUGAAGCUAGGCGUGCUUGCAGGCUUCCGCUUAUGAUCGGCGCAUCUCCUGUUUGUUACGGUGUGCCUACUAUCAUCAGGAAGAAGUAA